ACACUGCUGUAUACCAUACAUUUACGCCAUGACAUAAUCUGGACACGGCCGACCUGAUGAAAUCGCUGUUAUUUUUUUAAAAUGCAUAUUCAAAAUUAGUAGUCAGUCAUUAUCUGUGAAGUUGAUCUAUAAAGGGAGAGCCUCACCAAAAAUAGACUGGAAUUAAGAGGUAUUCCUAAUUAAUGUCUGUGAGGAUAUUAUCAUAAUUCUAUUCUAAAUCAACAAUAUGACCUUCAGGAGUGCGCAGUACGUGGUGCCAGGGUUAAAGGAUGUCAAUCUGUUUAGACAAAUAAAUAGCAACGGUGCAUCAAUCAUUGUUAUGUCAUCAUGCGCCUAUGUGACAUUGAUUUCUUGUUGAGCAAUAAUACAUACAGAUGCUUCUCCGAAUGCUGACAGAAACGAUGACAGUGUACAGAUACCUACAGCCAGCGUGUCCAGUGUUAUUUGUCGUUGUGAUUUUGACGUACUACCCUACAGAUGGAAACCACCAAGGCUGGCUUACCCAGGCCGCUUGUCCGUGCAAACCCACAGGACCUUUAGCAAGAACUAUUCUAAAACUUUAUAAAGGGCUUUUUGUCCAGCCACAGGAAGUCACAGAUCUUCCGGUUGUGAAGCCCGUUGGUGGCAGAGAUGAACAUUUUCAGGACGGAAAUGUAACUUCCUACGUAGGCAACACGGUGAAUAGUCUGAAUAAGCAACCUUCUUGUUGCAACACAGAGUAUGCCUUCGAAAUAUUCAACAAGACCGUGUACGACGGGAGAAGGUUGACAGUGGUUCAUUUUCAGAAUGCCUAUCAGUUUGUUCCUACAGGAAUUUGUCCGAAAGAUGGAAAAUGUGGACAAGGGAAAUGUAUCCAGAGAUAUAGGCACCAUUGGCUUCUCGUCUGGGACGAGAGUUUGCAGCACUACCCACCGGUGACGUUUCUUCCAGUAGAAAUCCCCUCACAUUGCGAAUGUGUCAAUAUAGGGACUAGAUGAUAGCUCUAGACACCGCGACUUAUCUUACAUGUACAUGUAGGAACAGAUUUUUAAUUCUUAGGUUUCCCUAAACUUGCUAUGUGUCUUGCCAAAGGACGAUAAAUGUGAAGCAAGAACAGCUGUAAGACGAAGUGUUUUUUUGAAAUUUGUUUAUUUAUUUUCUUUGUGAUGUAUAUGAUGGACACUUUGAUUGUGACAGUCAUGUUGUUUUCUCAAGAUUCAAGCAUAUAUCGUGAUUGAAAUGAAUUAAAUAUAGUUUUAUCUAUAUGUACUUACAGAA